ACUCCUCUCCAACCUAAACCUAAAUCUCUAACCUGAGCCUUCAGCCGCCGCCAGCUCACUUCCUCCAACUCUUCUCCAAAACUCCGACGAUUCUCUGAUUCCAUAGGAGUUCGGAGGCGAUCUUCACGAGCGCUUCAUAUUCCUUUCUCCAAGCCUCUUCCAACGUCGCGGCCGCCGCCAUCCUCGCCAGCCCACUUCCUCCGACUACCAGUCUCGAUCGCGGGCUUCCAAGCAUCCAACUCCAGUCUCGGACCUCAGUCGCGGCACUCGCAGGCAAAAUCCCAGCUGAGCAGCCAGAAAAAACCCUAAUUUGCUGGCCAUGGCGAAGAAGAGGAAGCACGUGGAGCCUCCACGAGAGCAGAGGAAAGAAGAAGAGGUCGACCCGCCGAGGCCCAAACGAACCCUUCUAGGGUUUAAGGAUGGAGCCGUCGUCGAGAAGAAGAGCGAUCUUCCAGUGUUCAGGAACAAGGAGAAGGUCUUGGUCACGUGCUCGAGGAGAAUCAUCUACAGGUAUCGGCAUUUGAUGCUGAAUAUAGUUUCGCUUUUGCCUCACUGUAAGAAAGAUAGCAAGGUGGAGUCGAAGGAGACGAAAGGGGCUACCCUAAAUGAGCUGGUGGAGCUUAGGAAUUGUUCCUAUUGCCUGUUUUUUGAGUGUAGAAAAGGGAAGGAUCUUUACCUCUGGAUGGCGCGGUCACCUGGUGGUCCAUCUGUGAAGUUCCUGGUUAACGCCGUUCAUACUAUGGAAGAACUGAAACUUACUGGAAAUCACCUUAAAGGAUCAAGACCGGUUUUAACCUUUUCUUCAAAUUUCAAUAAUGAACCCCGCUGGAUGCUUAUGAAAGAAAUGAUAACUCAGAUUUUUGAAACACCGAAGGAUCACCGGAAAGCAAAGCCCUUUCAUGACCAUGUUUUUGUUUUUUCAAUUGUUGAUGAUCACAUUUGGUUUCGGAAUUAUCAGAUUUCUGUUCCUCACAAUGAGACUGAUAAAGUUGAUCAUGGAGGUCUAGACAAAAUGACACUUAUAGAGGUUGGUCCAAGAUUUUGUUUGAACCCAAUCAAGGUUUUCGGUGGUAGUUUUGGUGGACCGACGCUGUAUGAGAACCCAUUUUAUGUAUCGCCCAACCAGAUCCGAGCAUUGGAGAAGAGAAAGAAGGCCGGAAAGUAUGCAAAGAAGGUGAAGGCCAAGAGUAGGAGGAAGACCCAUGAAAUGUCGAACCAAUUAGAGCCUGAUGAAUUUGCUGAUCUGUGGAAGGAGUGAUGAUUGUGUACACCAUGUGCUUUUGAGUUCAGUGAACAUGAGAUUGGACGCCUGUUAGAAAAUUUUGGCUAUUUUUCGUUGACGUCGAGUUUAAAGCGUAGACAUUAGUUUCAUGUAUGUGUUUGUUAUAUUGGGAGACCGUACUUCUCAUAUGUAUUUUGGUAUUGAUUUCUUUGAGUUGAUGUUGAGCUUGUUGCGGUUC